CAAGCAAUGGGACUCUGUUCAGAAGAACUUUUAUGAGAAGGUUUGGAAAAACGAAGAAAAAUUCUACACCUAUGUUGGAAUUUUUGUUGGAGCUUUGAUUUUAAUCGGAUUAUUUUUGAUUAUUGCAUUUUCAGGUGCUGGAUCAUCUGGUGUAGUCAAGUUUGAUCCAUAUCAAGUGAUGGGAUUGGAUAAGAAUUGUACUGAUAAAGAAGUUAAGAGUCAAUUCCGUAGAUUGUCAAGAACUAUGCACCCUGACCGUAACACUCAAGAUGAACCAGAAGUUGCCAAACAAAAGUAUCUCCAAAUCAAGGAAUCACAAGACAUUUUGUUGAAUCAAAAGAGACGUAAGAAUUUUGAUGAACAUGGAGAUCCUGAUUGGGUUGACCUCUUUGAUUAUGAAACUUAUCCUGAUAUUUUGAUGAAUCCUGGAAAACCAUUCGUUCUUUACACUACUUUCAUUGCUGUUUUGUUCGGAGCUGUUCUUCCAUUAUCCUUCUUUGUUUUGCACCCAGCUUUGGAAGAUCCACCAGAAUGGUUGACUGAAAUUAUUUUUGAUACUAUCAAGAGAGCUGAAAAUGAUUUGUCAAACGAAAAUCUUGAUUCUUCUUUGGAAAAUUUGAAACAAGCUGAUGAAUUGUGGAAUGCUUUAAUUAAGAGCUUCCCUGCUUAUAGAAAAUCUGUUUGGUGUGUCUUGAUUGAAAUCCGUAUUGCUUGUAGACGUGCUCAAUGCCAACUCUUCAAGGCAUCAAACCUCAAGUCAAACACUAAGGAAUUCCAAGAUUUGAUUAAAGAAACCACCCAAAUGAUGAAGACUACCAAGGAUCUUAAUAAUACUGUCCUCAAGACUUCCCAAACCAGAAAGGAAACCUUUGCUGUCAUUUCACCAUACUUGAAGGAUGUCAAGAAUAUGAUUGACAAUACUGACUUGAGAGGAAAUAUUAGAGAUUUGGAAACACUUUUGACCACUUUUUAAUUUAUUAAAUUAAUUUAUUC